AUGGAGAUCCCCCGCAGCCUCGGCGUCCAGGACAACGAGGAGGAGGAGGAGUACGACAGCGUCUUCUACGAGGACAUCGAGGCGCCCAAGUUCGUCGACCUCACCGCGCCCGACGCCGCCUGCCCCGCCGACGACCCCUCCUGGUUCUGCCUCCGCGUCGGCUGCGACCAGAGUCACGAGCACGUCGACCCGGAGGCGCUGCACAGGAGCUUCGUCAUGCGGGUCAUGGCGGCGAGGAGCCCCAACGUGAGGCUGCACAAGGCCAUCAGCAGGCGAAACCAGAGAUCGGAUUUGUUGACCCCGUGCAGCUCGACGCUGCCGAAAUGCCCCCACUCGGCGCCGGCGAAGCCGCCGAGGACCCGGAUGACCAGGCUGAGCCUGGCGACGGGGGCGGCCGAGAAGGCGGCGAGGGACAGGCUGCAGGGCCACCGGAUUCGCGGCCUGAGGGAUUCCCCGGUCCGGACCAAGGCGGCGAGGGUCGAAGCGUCCAGCGCGAGGAAGAAGGCUCUCACCACGCCCAGGAGCAAGACCGUGCGGCCGAGGCAGGAGCCCUUCCUCAGCGUGAAGCACCAGAAGGGGCCGGUCGCGACGGCGGCGGCGGAGAUCAAGGGGACGGUGGUGAAGGCGCUGUUUAUGAGCACGCCCAAGAAGGAGACGCCGGCGAAGAGCCAGGCUCCUCCCGUGGCCGAGGUCUGCUCGAAGAUGAAGAAGCUCAACCUGGCGUGCCGGGAGGUGCCUAGCAGGUACCUGUCGCAGCUGCCCACGCCGAAGAUCGCCAAGAAGUGCGAGGAGACGGCGGCGGUGGUGAAGAGCGCGAAGAGAGUACAGGAGCCAAGGAAUGGGAAGAAGAAGAUGAUCUUGGGCUGUUCGGCGAAAUGCGCCAAUGCUGAAACAGACAAAGAGAACCGAAGUGGCCGUGAGAACAUCAACGCGGACGAGAACUCGUGUAAACGAACUGCAAGGCGCAAUUGGGGGCAAGAACCCAAGGAGGUGGUGCAGGGAUCACGGGUUGAGGUGGUGGAGCCAUUGCAGCCCGACAUUCAUGGCGACGACAAGGAGAAUGCGCCAUGCGGUGAUCAGCUCGCCGAGCAAGCCUUGAAUCGGGAGGAUGAAGAAGAUGAAAACAGCAAGCAGUCGGAGAACAGUGAGAAUGCUCCUCAAAAGGUGCUUAAAAGGCAGAACAAGGUAGUGAAUGCAGAGCAGGGAGGAAAGCUCAAGAAAAAUACCAUCCUAAGGCCAUUCAGGCUAAGGACUGAUGAAAGACAGGUGUUGAAAGAUGCAAUUCCAGAAAGAAAACCGACGGUCGCCGAGAAGAACAUCAUGCCAGCACUGAAGGGUGAAAAUAGGCGAGUGAUGCAAACUGGAAGAUGCCCUGAUGGAAAGGAAAGAGAAAAACUGACUUGUGGCGAAAAGCAGAGGAAACAAAUUACAUACACCGCCACGAGUCGGCUUGGUGAAUCUAAAACUGUUUUGAGUAGCAUCCGGCCCAACAAUGUGAGGCCUGCGCUGACUAAAGGCAAAACCGUAGAGAAAUCACAGAGGGCAGCGUCAUCAACAAGAACAGCCAAAAUAACAAGUGGUUUCACAGCACCCUCUCAAACUGGAGAAAAGAGGAAGGCCUCGAUGAAAACAUCCAGGCUCCAAGCAGCAGCAGCUUGA